CCUUACCAUACAAUACUAAAAUAACUGUCAAAAGAAAAGCUUGAAGAUUACAAAUAUGACGUCUGCUCCAUCACAAUUUCGCCGAAAGCUGUAUUUUGCUAUCGUAUUUUGUUUCGAAGUUAAUUGUCAGUCAAUACAAAUGAACCUGUAGUAUAGUCCAACAUAUUUUAUUCAUUCUAAAUUCAGAAUUUGAGCCACUGUGCAAUGUAACGAGCAACCAUACUUUAUUAAGCUUGUGAAUGAGAAAUUUAAUCACUGAUGGAUUAUGAUCGUGAUAAAAAGAAAGUGCGCUAAGUUUGGAGUUGCGCAAAGUAAGGUGUGUACUUGGCAAUCAAAAUUUUAACGAAUUGUCGGUGUGAUCAGGUGGUCAGUUAUCAGAACCAAUCAGUUCGUGUCUUGAUAACGUUGACAUGUAUCGGGAAACCUCGUACCUAUGACUAUAAAAGUACGCUCCGAAAUUAACCUCUCGUCAGUAGUAAUCCAAAGCUAGGGAGUCAGGUCAAGUGAUAAUGAAGCAAUUCGGCCUACUUACAGUACUCUGUGUGUUGGGAGCUCAGGCUCUCCCAGAUCGCACACCUAGACUCAUUAAUGGAAACAUUUCUCCGCACAAGCCAUAUAAUGCGUAUGUGCAAUACCUGAAUGCCCAGAAUGCUGGAUUCUUCGGAGGAGGUACGAUCAUCUCCGACCGUCAUAUCAUUACGGCUGCCCAGAACAUUCUAGGGUUUGUUCGGUGGGAUAUUGGAGUUGGAUCCAACAUCUUCACUCAGUUGUCUAUGCUCACAACCACCAUGGCUACUCCUCAUCCGAACUUCAAUUCUGCGAACCGCGCAAACGACAUUGGUAUCAUCACACUAGUGAAUUCUCUCAUAUUCACGACAACCAUUGCUCCGAUAGCGCUUCCAGCUUUGGGUGAAGUCACUCAACUACCACUCGAAAAUGAACAAGGAACCAUUGUAGGAUUCGGAUUCACAACCGCAAUCUCGACUACAAGAUCGGAUUACCUAAUGCGAGCGUUCCAACGUGUCACGAACGACGCUCGCUGUCAGCAAUUCUACCAAAUUACGCUACCGAAUCAUUUCUGUGCCGAAGAUACAGUUGAACGAGCCAAUGUAUGCAACGGAGACAUCGGAGCAGGAUUUGUAACGCACGUCCGUGGAACAAUCCUACUGACAGGUGUUGCUUCACUGAUCACACACGGUUGUGAUAUACAGAGUCCAACGGGAUACACUCGCAUUGCUGCGUUUAGACAAUGGAUUCAAUCUGUCACCCAAGUCUGAGAGAAACAAAAUGCUAAUCUAAAUGUGAUGUUUUAGAUAUCAAUAGUAUAGAGAAGGACACUAUGUAUCAAGCGAAAUCGUGAACAGUUUUGUGUUUCAUUUGAUAUCACAUUAUAACUUAAAAGAAAUUAGAAACCCGAAUAUUACAGGCUGAUAGCAAAACGAAUGAAACAUGCUUUUCAAUAAUGAACUAAAGGAUAAACUACAAGUUGUUGUCAUAACCAGGAUUGGAAGAAUUGACCAUUGGCAAAACCAGUAAAACCACGCAAAUAUAUAAUUACGAAAUUACCUUUUCUUUU